AUGGCCACACACCAUAACCGCUCCGCAGCCUCUCCCUCAGUAUCAUUAUUGUCGUCGUCGUCUCGCAAUGCCAAUGGAGUGAAUGGACUGACCCCAUCCCGGUCCCAAUCCACCAGGUCCACGUCUGGGCGAUCCCAGCAUUCAGCACGCUCUUAUUCCUCGUCACCAGCAGCAACCACUUUGGCAUCCGCUCCGGCAUCCGCAUCAGCAUCCGCAUCGGCAUCCGCAUCAGCAUCCGCAUCAGCAUCUCCUGUUCCUCUUGCUUCUCCUGCUCGCUCCUCUCGACCCCCUCUGUCCGCAUCGUCGGGAGCCUCAGCUUUCGCCGCUUGCUCGCUGCCAAAGUCGGCCUCCAGCUCAGACUCCACAGCGCCCAACACUCCCGUCGCCUCCAGGUCCUCGUCCAGGUCCAGGUCCAGGUCCAACUCCAACUCCAACUCGCGGAGCCACGUCCAGAAUCAAAGGCAGGCCAAGAACCAGAGCCCGCGUCACAGUCUCCAGCGUGCCCCCAAUACCAACAGCACCAGCCACCAGAGCGCUGCCACUGCUGCUGCCGUUGCUACUGCUGCUGCUACUGUCGCUGUUGCUGCCCGCCCCACCGGCCCCCAGCAGCACCUGAGCCACCACCACCCGCAGCUGCAUCUCCAACACCAGCGCCAUCAUCAUCACCGUCACGCGUCUUCGUCGCCCACUGCGUCCUCGCGCCCUGUCCAGGAUAUUCUCCCCCAUCAUGACUAUGAGACUUCACACCUAGCAUCCAAUUCUCAUUCAAAGCGCAGCUCCAGCAGAGAUCGCACGUCGCUUCCAUCCACGACAAGGGGCGCUGUCGCCGCCACCGAGUCCCCUUCCGUUUCCUCGUCCCAAGCUGCUGCCCGAUCCAUAGCUCGCCAGGCCAGCACGCGCUCCUCCUCCCAACGACACCAUCACCAACCCCAUCACUCGAGCGACAUGGCUCCCUCCGCCGUCGCUACAAACAAUGGCAGUCCUUCUGCUCCCCCUUCCUCCCAUGGCGCCUCCGACCCUCAUCAUCAGUCACACUCUGCCAGCAAACAGACCCGAUCACGCACUACUAUUCCCACCCAAUCGGGGAAAUGGAUUCUUGGCAAGACUAUCGGCGCGGGCAGCAUGGGCAAAGUCAAGCUUGCCCGCAAGGAAGAUGGCAGCGAACAGGUUCGUCAUGACGUCCCCCCUUUUUCCCAUAAUAGUUUCCAUGUCGUCCAUGUUGUCUAUUUGUUUCCUCAUCCGUCUGCCCCUCCCCGAAUAAAUGUUCCUCGGAUGUCUCGCCUUGUCGUGGGAUGCGCCCGGUUGGGCAUCCACCAACCGCCCCCUCUUGGAUUGCAAUGCUCUAACCCCUUUGUUUUGCCCGCUUUACAGGUUGCUUGCAAAAUAGUCCCUCGCGGCUCGACCGAGGAACAUCAGAGUCGUGCAGACAAGGAGCGAGCCGACCAGUCCAAGGAGAUUCGAACCGCCCGCGAAGCUGCUCUUGUCACCCUCCUGAAUCAUCCCCACAUUUGCGGCAUGAGAGAUGUCGUCCGCACCAACUACCACUGGUACAUGCUGUUCGAGUAUGUCAAUGGCGGCCAGAUGCUCGACUACAUCAUCUCGCACGGCAAGCUCAAGGAAAAACAAGCUCGAAAGUUCAGUCGCCAAAUCGCCAGUGCACUGGACUACUGCCACCGAAAUAGCAUCGUACAUCGCGACCUCAAAAUUGAAAACAUAUUAAUUAGUAAAACUGGUGACAUCAAAAUCAUUGAUUUCGGUCUCAGCAAUCUCUUCUCACCUCGAGGCCACCUAAAGACCUUUUGCGGAAGUCUUUAUUUUGCUGCUCCUGAGCUCUUGCAGGCUAGAGCAUACACAGGUCCAGAGGUUGAUGUAUGGAGCUUUGGCAUUGUGCUUUACGUCCUCGUCUGUGGUAAGGUGCCAUUCGACGACCAGAGCAUGCCAGCUCUCCAUGCCAAAAUUAAAAAGGGUUUGGUAGAUUACCCUAGCUGGCUUUCGAGCGAUGGGAACGUGCCUUACGGCAUGUCCAGCAAGGUUGUCAAAUUUGCUGACUCUUUCCUAGAAUGUAAACAUCUCAUGUCCCGCAUGCUGGUGACCGAUCCCAAGCAACGCGCUACAAUGCAAGAAGUCAUGAACCAUCCUUGGAUGACAAAGGGCUUCAAUGGACCUCCCGACAACUACCUCCCUGUCCGUGAACCACUAAUUCAUCCCUUGGAUCCGGACGUUAUCCACGCCAUGCAAGGAUUCAACUUUGGGUCUCCUGAAACUAUACGGGCUCAACUAAGCAAAAUUAUUGACUCCGAGGACUACCAACAUGCUGUCAAGAUGUAUCAACGAGAACGAGAGGCUCCUCCUCCUGCCAAAGACGCCGAGAAGAAGAGAGGCUUUGGGUUCGAUUUCUACAAGAGACGAAAUUCUUCCAAUAGCAGAGACACUUUGACGGGUCCGAGCAGCGAUACCUUGCAACUAGGUCACGAUCCUCUUUACGCAUUUAGUCCGCUCCUCUCUAUAUAUUAUCUUGUCAAGGAGAAGCAAGACCGUGAGCCAUCUCAGCAAGUCCCUGUCACGUCAAGCAGCCCACAUGAGAAAGAUAAAGAGAGGGAGAAGGACAAGGAGAGAACUCGGGAACGGGAGAGGGAGAGGGAGAGGGAGAGGGAUCGAGAUCAUCGAGAUCGAGAUUAUCGAGAACGUGAAAAGGGUGCCGACACUAUGCCAGAGCUUGCGCCUCCUCAGGCAGCUCAUACCAAUGCAACUGCAUAUGAGAUGCCUGGCGAAAGGCCCACUGGGGGACGGACAAGGCCCCGUGCCCGCACUCAUGGCGAAGACGAUGCACCAGAGUCAGCGAGACCGCAUGGGCAUCCACCACCUCCUCCUGCGCCAGAAACCAAGGUUGAACAGCUGCAAAAGAAGGAGGGCACUGCGGCGGGACUGCUUCGAAGGUUCAGCACUCGGAAGCGCCGAGAACCUGAGAGACUGGACAAGGAUCGUUCUCAUCCCCCCAUGGUGCAAGUUCACUCUCCGUCCGAUCCAGCACCAUCGCCGGCAACUCCCAAGAAGAGCUUCAGCAUUCGCCGCGGUAGGCGGGACCGUGAUGAACCACCAGUCCCGCCGAUUCGCUCAGGAAGCAGCCAGCCUCAGCACAGUGCGCUACUCAGCCCCCCAAUGUCUGCUCAUGGCACGAGGGACAGUCGAAGAUCAGGUUUAGGACGGUCUACUAGUGUUAAUUCAGCGGAAAUGCGUCGUCGUCAGGGCGGUAGAUUACCCAAGGAGGCCGCUGCUACCAGUGGCUCUGAACAGUCUGUGUCAAAUGAUCAGUCAGGGACAUCUCAGAGAGUCCAGGCUCACUCCAGAUCGGCCUCUAUGCGGACUAAAUCAUUGGGUCAUGCCCGUCGAGAGAGCAUCCAACGUCGUCGCCUGAGACGCGAAGGACUUCAGGAAGCUGACGUGCCCGAGGAGGCAGACUUCGAACCAGAUCAAAGUGGCGUGUCUACGGAUCGACUUGACAGCGCCGAAUUGGCCAAGCCCGUGUUCCUGAAGGGGUUAUUCAGUGUAUCAACAACAUCUGGCAAAUCCGUACCGGCGAUCCGAGCGGAUAUUAAGCGCGUUCUCAGGCAAUUGAACGUUGAAUUCACAGAGAUCAAGGGAGGCUUUUCCUGCCGACACACUCCAAGCAUCGAUUUGAACAAGGUACAUGACCCCCCAACCAGCCCUGGUCAGACCCCGGGCCAUCGACGUCGCUUCAGCUUCGGUGGCUUAAUGCGAAACGAUGAUCGAGAAGAGAUUCGAGAGCUGGACCGAGAACAACGCCAACCCCCGACUCCUCGAACUCCCGGCCGGCCAGACCGUGAUCGACCAGAUCGAGAGAGAGACCGCUCUGAUCGGGAUCGUUCUGAUCGCGACCGCAGCUACUCCAACUCGGAGACGUCGGUGGAUAGCAUCCCUCGACGAAAUGGCGGCACUACGAGGCGAGCACCAGGCGAAACGAGCACCCAAGUUCAAAGUGACCUUGGCGAGAGCAUGGUCUUGGAAUUUGAAAUCUUCAUUGUCAAAGUACCUCUCCUGUCACUGCAUGGAAUCCAGUUCAAGCGGAUGACAGGCAACACGUGGCAGUUCAAGAACAUGGCAGACCAGAUACUACGAGACCUGCGGCUUUAG